AGUCAGUUGCAGUUAGAAGAACUGCCACGGAUGUGUGGCUGACAUGCGGUGGACGCAGACAUGACCCGACCCAUUGCUUCAAAGUGUCUCACACACCAUUGGCACUGAGGCAAGCAUUCUGAACCUGUUGCCUGAACUCUCAAGAGAUCAAAAGUUCUGACAAGAAUUUUUCAUCGAAUCCCCCCAAGACGCUGGGUCCUGGGUCUAUGAAGUUCUAGGUGAAAUAGGACCAACACCAUGUACUGAACUCCUAGGGGCAGACGGGUGAGGGAUUUUUUUCUUCUUGAAUUUAUGCAAGAGAGAGAAAAGACAAGGAAUCCUCCGUUCUGAUUCUCUCCAAGGAGAAGAACACCCAAAGCAGUAAACAUGGACUGGGUGGAACAACUUAACAUUUAUGAUCUGAAAGCGCCAAAGGAUCUGCCAACAUCUGCUCCAUUCAGUGUCACUAGCAACCAAGGAUCACGGUUCCCUCGAGAUUACUAUGAUGUUAAACCAAUGAAGAUAAAGCUUAUUUGCAACUUUGGUGGUAGGUUCUUGCCAAGGCCAAGCGAUGGCGAGCUUCGGUAUAUUGGUGGUAACAGGCAUCUGAUUAAAAUCAGCCGGGACAUUUCCUGGCAAGAGUUCAUCUUGAAGACAACAAGAUUGAUAAGGAGAGCCCACACGAUAAAGUACCACAUCCCUGGGGAGCAAGUGAGCAUGCUCAUUUCCAUCACCUCUGAUGAUGACCUUCGGCAUAUGAUUGAUGAGUGCAUUGUGCUAGAAAGAAGCAGAGAAAUGCUAACCAUGUAUCUCUUCUCUGGCAACGACGAUGAGCGUCAUGUGCAUUUCAUCGUACAAGGCUCAUCCAAUGCAGAAAAGGAAGCACAGUUCAUUGCUCUUAUCAACGGGGUCAUCGCACCAGUUUAUGAUGAACUGAGAGCACAUAGCCUCGGCAGAUCUUCAGUCAAUGACCUAGACCAGCUGAUGUUUGGCAACAACGUGGAAGGAUUGCCGGCAGGCAGAACAGAGGAAGCUCCAGUGUCCAUCAGAACGAAGCCCUUGCAGAGUAUCAUGGCGCCACCAAAGACAUCAAGUGGUCAGUUGGAGAAGAUGUCUCCAAGUUCCGAGAGACGGAUGGCUAACCAAGAUUACAAGGCACACAGCACUGAAGGUAACGUGAUCUCUGCAACCAGCAAUAUUGAUAAAGCUUACCAUGGUGCAUCUGUGCCUCCUGAAUCCAAGACACAGAAAAGCGGUGGUCUCGCUGUCUCAGGGCAUCAGCAACAGACUGCCACGGAAUCUUUCGGAAAGAGCCAUGAAGCUACUGGGGUACAGGAGAAAAUAUCACCAAGGAAACAGCAAACGGCCCCAUUAGGCAACAGUAGUGUGGCGACACAGCCAUCGUCUAAAAACAAAAAAUUCCCGGUGCCACCACAUACAGGUCGGUCUGCCUACGAAAUGCCUGCAUCUUUGUCACCAAGGGGUUCCCAGAUCACAGUCAACCAACAAGGCACUGAUGAGAACACGAUAAAAUCAACAAGGAUUGUUGCCCAAGAAGAAGCUAUAUUCCACUCAGCAGAAGACCCACUGACUAGGAAGAUCAACAACUUCCAAUUGCACAAAAAGGUGGAGAUCUCAGAACCCGGUCAUGAAUCUUGUACUCCUGGUUGCAACAUCAGUACAAACUUGCAGUAUAUGGAGUCGACAGCUGCAACCAGCAGCAUGCAGAAGAACCAGCCUGCAGUUACUUCUACACCGGUCGGCUAUAGCGGCGAAGCAGUACUACUUCCUUUUGCUUUUGCAUCUUCCGACAAAACAACAAAUCUGCAACCAAAUAUUCUGGUGCGUGCUUCAAGUGAGAGAAUACAAGAACGACCCAGCAGUCCAGGACCAGAUGAACAUUCAUCAGAAAUCGCUCGAUUUCGAUCAGUUGGUACUGGUACCAUUAAUCCUCAAAUCAGAACUACACUAGCAGAAGCUAAAGAUAAUGCUGCACCAUCAAUAUCAGAGCCUGCGCUACGUGAAACCAAGAGCACUGAACAAUCUCUGCCUGCAAAUGCACUAUUGGGCAGAGAUCUUAUAAGCAAUGUCCAGAUAAUAAGCAACGAAGACCUCGAAGAUCUCCGUGAGAUGGGCUCUGGAGCAUUUGGAACUGUUUUUCAUGGAAAAUGGAGGGGAACAGAUGUUGCCAUAAAACGGAUAAAUAACAAUUGUUUUUCGUACCCAUCAUCACAGGCAGAUAAACUGAUAACCGAAUUUUGGAGAGAGGCCGCUAUCAUCUCAAAACUUCAUCACCCCAACAUUCUGGCACUUUACGGUGUCGUAAACAACGGGCCAGGGGGGACAUUAGCUACUGUAACAGAAUUCAUGGUCAAUGGGUCUCUAAAAAAAGUACUCGGUCGCAAGGACAAAUAUCUUGAUUGGCGCAAGAGGAUACUUGUUGCAAUGGAUGCAGCCAUUGGAAUGGAAUACUUGCACUCCAAGGACAUUGUCCACUUCGAUCUGAAAAGUGAUAACCUGCUGGUGAAUGUUAAGGAUCCCUCUCGUCCCAUAUGCAAGGUUGCUGAUUUUGGUUUAUCGAAAAUGAAACAAGCCACCAUGGUUUCUGGUGGAAUGAGAGGAACUCUUCCAUGGAUGGCCCCAGAAUUGCUGACAAUGAGUGGCACUAAAGUAUCUGAAAAGGUUGAUGUCUAUUCUUUUGGAGUUGUGAUGUGGGAAAUUCUCACCGGCGAGGAUCCAUAUGAUGGCAUGCACUAUGGAGGAGUCAUAGGGGGUAUUUUGAGUAACACGCUGAGGCCACCAGUGCCAACUUCAUGUAACCCGGAAUGGAGGAAACUGAUGGAGCAAUGUUGGUCAACUGAACCUUCGCAAAGACCUUCAUUCACUGAAGUUGCUACCUGUCUUCGUGGCAUUCUACGAGAAGCAAAAGUGAAUCUCUAAAGUUAAUAUGAAAGAAUUCGAGCUAUUUGUAACUCUCUGCUUGCUUGUAUAUCUAUUGUUCCAGCACAAAUUUGGUGCAAACACGAAAUGUGCUUUGAGUUUAAGAUUGCAA